GUAAAACUCAAGACGACAGUAAAUACCAAAGAGAAGCCAGUGAAUAAAUACACGCAUCUGUUGAAAGAGCAGUGGAGUUAUUCGUGAUUGAAUAGUGCGCAGAGGUGCAUACAUGUUCAAACACCAUGUAUCACACUCAUUAAAUGGUGAAACACACCGAAAUCCUUACGGUAUCUUUCUUCCACCUGGAAGUUUCUGCACCACCUUGGCACUUAGCAUAUGAUUUUACAUGAAGAGGUCAGAGAAAUCCGAAGGAUACAGACAGAUGCGACCCAAGACGUUCCCUGCGAGCAACUACAGUGGCAAUAGUCAACAGAUGUUACAGGAGAUCCGGGAGAGCCUGCGGAACCUCUCGCGGCCAUCGGACGGUCUCAAGGCUGACAUGAGCACUGGGAAAAGCCCUUCGGACGAUCCCAGACAACAAGGGCGCAGCACCAACCCCAAAAACCCCUAUCACAAAGCUCUUCAGGAGAUCCGCAGAUCACUGCUGCCGUUCGCCAAUGAACCUACCUCCAGUGUGCACACUACAGACAUCAACAAACACAUGCUGCAAGAGCUGCAAGAUGCUGGUUUUGAUGAGGAGUUGGUGGUUCAUGCUCUGAAGCAGACAAACAGUCGUAGUGUGGAGGCAGCCAUAGAAUACAUCAGUAAGAUGAACUUCCAGGAGACUGCGAGAGAGCAGAUAACAGUCGCUGCAGCACGUCCUGCAAACACCGGCAUAAAGCAAACAGGUCCAGCUCAAAUACAACAGCCAGUGUUGCGGCGGCAAAGCUGGAAGGGCUCUAAGGAAUCUUUGGCCCAACAGCGACACAGUGCGCUGAUGACUGACAGCAUGAUGUACCGUCCCAGUAGCCCUGGACCUCAAGGGGACCUCUCACGACCUGCAACCUUUCCUCAAAAUCUUGCUGCUGCUGCUGCUAGCGGCCAGCGAGUGAACCCUCCCAUUCCAAGGCAGGUGCAAAGCAUCACCCCUCCACCCUCUUCAUGGGACUCCAACCCCUCAACAAAGCGGUAUUCUGGGAACCUGGAUUACCUGGUGCCCCGUAUCUCCCCUGUACCUCAAGGGCCCUGGCCCGAUGGCUACACCAACCCUCCAUCACAAGCACAGCGAGGUCUCAGUCAAGUUCCUGUGGGUCGGCAGCCUAUCAUCAUGCAAAACUCGGGGGGCAAUAAGUUCACCUUCCCUCCAGCCUGGCCUCAGAAUGGCACCAACCGUCAACCGCCACCGCCUCCGUAUCCAAUGCAUCAAACUAACAGACAGAGCCCCACUGCCCAGCAGAUGCAGUCCAGUGCUGCUGUACCCUCUAAUGGAGCCAACCUUCCUACGACCAUGCUGGUGCCCAACCGCAACAGCCACAACCUUGACAUGUACAACUUUGGAGCGCUUCCCCAGGUCAGACCACCCAUGCAGCAGCCUCAGAUGUCCCCCGGGCACAGCAGCAAUCAGGACGCUCCUCUGUCAUGGCCUCACAGUGUUCCGGGUCGCUCCAACUCCUUCACCAAUGCCCAGUCCAGUGGACGUCAGUGCCCGUCUGCGCAGAGUUCUCAGCCUUCUGCAACUACUGUCACCACCAUCACACAGGCCCCCAUCCUGCAGCCAGUAAAGAGUAUGCGUGUGCAAAAGCCAGAGCUGCACACCGCCGUGGCCCCUUCACACCCACCCUGGAUGCAGCAGCCGGCCCCUCCCCCCGGUGCCUUUAAAGAGCCGCCUGCUCCAGCAGGGCCAGUGAGCCAGAUUCCAGCUGCUGUGGAAGUCCCGAGCUACCAAGGCCCACCCCCUCCUUACCCUAAACACCUGCUACAGCAGCCUCCACCACCAGGGUAUGAUCCUGUCCCUAAACCUAGCAGCAAAGAGGAUGAGGGGGCAGACAACGACACUGACAGCACCUGCUCCAGCGAGCGUGCAGAGAGCUCAGAGGAACGUGAGAAGAAGCAGAUUACGACUUCGCCUGUGCCAGUGCGGCGUAACAAACGUGAUGAGGAACGUAAGGGGGAGAGCAGAGUUCCCAUGUACUCCCCACAGGCCUUCAAGUUCUUCAUGGAGCAGCAUGUGGAGAACAUCCUGAAGAAUCACCAACAGAGAAUCCGGAGGAAGAAACAGUUGGAGAGCGAGAUGCAACGGGUGGGGUUGUCGGGUGAUGCACAGGAGCAGAUGCGCAUGAUGCUGUGCCAGAAAGAAUCCAACUACAUCCGGCUCAAACGCGCCAAAAUGGACAAAUCCAUGUUUGAGAAGAUCAAGACUCUGGGAAUCGGUGCAUUUGGUGAGGUGUGUUUGGCUCGAAAAGUGGACACAGGAGCUCUGUACGCCAUGAAGACCCUGCGUAAAAAAGAUGUCCUGUUACGGAACCAGGUGGCCCAUGUGAAAGCAGAGCGGGAUAUUCUCGCCGAAGCAGAUAAUGAGUGGGUCGUCCGGUUGUACUACUCUUUCCAGGAUAAAGAUAACUUGUAUUUUGUCAUGGACUACAUCCCUGGCGGCGACAUGAUGAGCCUGCUGAUCAGGUUGGGCAUUUUCCAAGAGGACUUGGCACAGUUUUACAUUGCAGAGCUCACCUGUGCUGUGGAAAGUGUCCACAAAAUGGGUUUCAUCCACCGAGACAUCAAACCCGACAACAUCCUGAUUGAUCGUGAUGGACACAUCAAACUGACAGACUUUGGUCUUUGUACAGGCUUCCGCUGGACACAUGACUCCAAAUACUACCAAAGUGGUGAUCAUGUGCGUCAGGACAGUAUGGACUUCAGUAUGGAAUGGGAAGAUUCUGCUAACUGCCGCUGUGGGGACAGACUGAAGCCACUAGAACGCAGAGCUGCUAGACAACAUCAGCGGUGUCAGGCACACUCACUCGUGGGCACACCCAAUUACAUCGCACCUGAGGUUCUGCUGCGCACAGGUUACACACAGCUGUGUGAUUGGUGGAGUGUUGGUGUUAUCCUCUAUGAGAUGUUGGUUGGCCAGCCUCCCUUUCUGGCAACAACACCUCUUGAAACCCAAAUGAAGGUAAUAAACUGGCAGACGGCGCUGCACAUUCCCCCACAGGCCAAGCUGAGUCCGGAGGCCACCGACCUCAUCUUAAAGCUCUGCCGGGGCCCUGAAGACCGGCUCGGGAAAAACGGAGCAGAUGAAAUCAAAGCCCAGCCGUUCUUCAAGAGUAUCGACUUCUCCACGGACCUGCGGCAACAACACCAUGCGCCUUACAUCCCCAAAAUUACACACUGCACGGACACCUCCAACUUUGACCCAGUCGAUCCCGACAAAAUGUGGAGUGACGAUGCCGACAGCAACCCCAACGACACGCUCAACCGCUGGUUCAAGAACGGCAAGCACCCAGAGCACGCCUUCUACGAGUUCACGUUCCGACGGUUCUUUGAUGACAACGGCCACCCGUACAGCUGUCCCAAACCCAUCGAGUGUGACGAUUAUGAUGAGGAUGAGUUGAUUGACCCUUCCAAGGGACUGGGGCCAGAGCAGGGGCGGGACUUAGUGUAUGUUUAGUGUCAAUGUGUGCUGUGACUCUCACAAAAACUCUCAAGAACGGGUCAUAUUUUACCCUGAAAUCAAAAGAAAAUCGAAUUGAAGUCUAUUAUUGAACAAUGAAGUGUAUGUAUAUAUCAAGGUAGUGUUUGUUGUACUGCCCUUUAUGUUGAUUUAAAUGCAUAAAAUGUAUAUUAAAUAUUAGUAUAGUUUUUGUUUUAAAGUAAUGAGAAUCCCAAUUUUAAAAAAGCAUUACGGUAAUGAGAAAUGUGCAAUGCAAAUAAUGUUGCAAUGCAAAGAAAUCUUAAUGUUCCUGAAAAGAGACUCUUUUUGACUGAUGUUGGGGUGAAAUAUGACCAGGACAUAGUCUGUUCUGUUUGAGAUGGGAGUGUGGGGUGUUUUUAAAUCUUUCAAUCUUUGGUGGUUUGACUGGUUGAGUCUGCCUCGACACUUUGUGCUGUAUUUAUUUUGUUGUUCAGGAUGCACUUGUCUGGUGCCUUGUAAACAAACGAGAAUCUAAUGAUGCAGUGGAGCUCUGUAUUUUUACACCUCUUUAAUUUAUUUAAAGACUUUUGAAAUGCUAGUUGAAACGAAGAGUUGAAUAAUUCCUUCCUCAGAUGAUGUCUUUAUUUAUGAUUGUGUGGAUUUGAUGAGAAACUGCACCGGGAUGAUCGGACUGCUGCUGUGACGUUGUUUUCAUGCUUUUCUUUCACCAAAACUAUGAGGGAACAAAAUUCAACUGACUGGGUCAUUUUUACAUUCAAAUCAAAAGAAGAAAUUCUAUUUUGCAUGAAGCAAAUGAUGCCAGUUUUUAAGACCAUUAAGAAUGAAUAACUCCACUAUUUUGGGGGAAAUGUGCUUUAAUUAUGAUGAAAAGAAUGGAAAUAUGUCAAAAACUGUAAUGGUUCCAGAAAAUAGGCUUAGUUUUCUUAAAGCAGAAUCUAAUUUCUUAUUGGCCUCUUUUCAUUUUGAGGUGUUCUUGACCGUUUUCAUGAGACUAGAGAAAACAUUACUCUUCUGUGUAUUUUCUAUUUAUACACACAAAAUUGUAUAUAUAAAUUAUGCAGUGUCAAUUAGUACAUUUCUUUCCCUGUCCUUAGUACCAAAGGGUUAGGAAAUAAAUCUCUGGCAACUGAUUGCUAGCCAUUCAUAUACUUGUUAUUGCUUUGUAAUCCAAUACCAGCAUAACUGUGUCACUACCAAAGCCUUCUCUUUUUCUGCAAUAAGAGUCACAUAACGACAAAAUACUGCAUAUGGAUCAUUAAUCAUGUUCUGAACUGUCUGUAGAAUCCUGUGCAGCUCUGAAUGUAAUAGUGAAUUCCUUUUCUUUGAUUAAACUGGUGCUUUUAUUUCCAGAAAGACCAGCUGUAGCUCUAUUGAGUGUAAAUUGAUCUUGAAUGUGAGCGGAUGGGGUGAUGAUGAAUAAAACGUCUAAGCACAAACCACACGUUA